AAUGAUAAUAAUUGAAUUGAAGAAAUACUAUUUUCUUCUUUAUAAGCCUUCAAGAAGUAUAUGCUAAAUGAUGUUGUAAAUGAUGUGAACAUGCCCCAUCAUUUAUUAAAUUUACCAGAUUGACGUUGCUUCUGUGCAUCAUUUGUGGCAUUAUAACCAAUAUUUAUGCAGGAUCGAGUCUUCGUAUAUGUGUUUUACAAGGUGGUGGUGGUAGAGAGAUUACAAUUGUUUGGGUUUUAGAUUUCGCAAGAGUAGACUCUAUCUGAAGCAACAUGGGGUUUUGAUUUCAUUAUUUCGAGGGAGAGCAUUUUCCAUCACACUCAAUAAGGGUGGUUUAUUCCCGAGUAGACUCUAUUGUGGAGGAUUAACGCACUGAAUCGCUGACUUAAGAUGCUGUUGAUGAUGCGGGCAGCGAUUGCUGCUGCUUCUUCUUAUUUGAAGGUUGGUUAUGGCAGCAGAAGCAGCACCACCAGACUCAGACUCAGAGCUUCUAUAUCGACCGAAUCUAGAAAUACCCAACAACACCAGCGUGUGAAAAUCACUAAUGUUGAGGAUGCUCUCAAUGUGUUCGACGAAAUGCUUCAAAGGCGUCCUCUGCCUUCCGUUGUCCCUUUCAACCAAAUCUUGACUCAACUUGCCAAGUUGAAACAUUAUUCGGCAGUCAUCUCCUUGAAUAAUAAAAUGGGUGUUUCGGGAAUUCGUCCUGAUAUUUAUACUCUGAGUAUUAUCAUUAACUGCUUUUGCCAUUUGCACCAAAUGGGGUUUGGUUUGUCAGUCUUGGGAAACUUCUUCAAAUUGGGUUUGGAACCAAAUGUCACGACCUGCAACACUCUAAUCAACGGCUUUCUUCUUCAAAAUAGAGAGGCCGAGGCAGCAGCACUUUUCAACAAAAUGAUGGACAGUGGUAAUUGUAAGCCGGAUGUGGUUACUUUCGCUAUUCUAAUAAAGGGCCUUUGCAGGAAAGGUGACAACACUGCAGCGGUCCAAUUGCUUAAGAAGAUGGAAGAAGGGGCUUGCAAGCCUGACAUGUUUAUUUAUAACACGAUUAUCGACAGUCUUUGUAAAGAUACUCUAGUUGCCGAUGGACUGAAGCUCUUCUCAGAAAUGGAGAGUAAGGGUGUUGCCCCAGAUGUCAGGACCUAUAAUGUCUUGAUUCAUGGAGUUUGCAAAUUACAGGAUUGGAAAGAAGUUACAAGAUUGUUGAAUGAAAUGGUGAGUAAACAUAUAUUUCCAGAUGUGUACACCUUUAAUGUCUUGGUUGAUACAUUUUGUAAAGAGGGAAUGGUCCAAGAAGCAAGGAGCGUGAUCGAAAUGAUGAUUCAAAGAGGUAUCGAACCUGAUAUGAUUACUUACAAUUCGUUUAUGGAUGGGUAUUGUUUGCGAGGAGAAAUGGAUGAGGCAAAAAAGGUUUUUGACGUAAUGUUUAGCAAAGGGUGCAUGGUUGAUGCUCAUAGUUAUAACAUAUUGAUAAAUGGCUAUUGUAAACUUAAAAGGAUAGAUGAUGCCCGGAUGCUUUUUCUGGAAAUGUCUCAUAGGGGAAUUGUUCCAAAUAUGGUUACUUAUAACACUCUUAUUGAUGGGUUUUGCAAGAUGGGAAGAAUACAAGAUGCACAUAACUUGUUCUCUCAAAUGCAUACUUUAGGUCAACUUCCAAAUGUUCAAACGUAUAAUAUUUUACUGGAUGGCCUUUGUAAAAACCAACAAUUUCCCAAGGCAGUUGAAUUGUUGGAAGAGAUGGAGGGAAAGAAGUUGGAUUUUGAUAUUGUAACUUACAAUAUUCUUAUUCAAGGUUUGUGUAGAGCCGAAAAAGUUGAAUAUGCAUGGGAUCUCUUUCGUAGUUUGCCAUCAAAAGGAAUUCAACCUGAUGUCUGGGCAUAUAAUAUAAUGAUUAGUGGAUUUUGUAAUGGGGGGCUAACAUGUAAAGCAGAAAGCUUGCUAAGGGAAAUGGAAGAGAGAGGUCGUUCUCCAGAUGGUUGCACGUACAACACAAUUAUCCGACGGUUUUUCAAUAACAAUGACACAUCAAGGGCGGUGAGGCUUAUUCAAGAAAUGGUGGAGAGGGGUUUUUCUGCAGAUGCAUCAACUGCGGAGUUGAUCGUUAAUUUAUUGUCUAAAGAUGCAGUGGAUCCUGCUUUGUCGGCAUUUAUAGAAAGUCCACAAUGAAACUGAUUUGCAUCUUAGCAGUUAGACAAGUUUCGGGGCUUCUUUCCCUUGAAUGCUGCAUUGGAGGGUGUUGUUCCACUGCUGAGUCCCGUUCAGGUAACCAUUCAUUCGUGUAUCACCUAGUGAUGUAUGAUAUGUGUUAUUAAUUUAAUCUAUCAAGUGAUAGAGCAACUUUGAUGUUAUACUUUUAAGAUGAUAUCUGUAUCCAUUCAAAAUCAUUACACAAGUAA